AUGCGGGUGUCGUAUUAUAAGUUGUUCACGCUGCUGCUGUGUCCCGCGACUUUGCUUGUAGGACAUUUCCUAUCGUAUAGCAGCUGGUCGGAGGGUUUGGAAGUGCAGACCAGGAAGGAUGGAUGGCUGAAUGCUUUUUUCGUCAAGAGAGGCUGGUUUUGGACUUCGUUGGUCGGAUGGUGGUGUGCUAUCAGGUACAACUCAUUUGGGAGACAGCAGCGUCACUCGCUUGUGAGAUAUCUUGUUCUGACGGUCUGGUGGUAUGUGUUCACGCAGGGACUCUGGUUCGGGAUAGCGCCCAUCAUGGAUCUGAUCUUCACGCUUACGGGCGGCAGUUGCCGGUUCGACGUUUUCGAUGAUUCUGGUAAUCUGAGCUCGUUGUUCCAUGAUUCUAUGUCCAGGAGGGUGAGUUCGUUGAAGAGAAUCUAUGGGUUGUUGAAGGGAAAAGGUGUGGAAGAAACGCCGCUGUUGGCGCAUUCUUUGAACUCGAUCAGAUGUGCUUUGAAUGCGACAGAUUGUCAGGAUAGGAAUAGCAGUGCGGUUCCGAUUGAACCAACAGAGUUGAAUCAGUUUAUCCGAGACUCGCUCUAUGCAAACGGGCCACUGAACACGUCUGCUACGUGCAGGGCGCUUGGCGGGCAUUGGGUUGGCGGACACGACCCAUCGGGCCACAUCUUCCUCAUCACUUUGAUGAUCAUGUAUCUGUUGGGAGAGUUCAAAGUGUUCGGGAAAAAAGCGCUAAGCAGGAUCGCUAGAGGAAAGAAGUACGCAGCCAAAUCUUUUAUUGAUCUCUUCGACAACGGCGCCCUGUGGAACGUAGUCAACAACAAGCCCCGAAAUACGGUGCAUUUCGUGCAAUUGACCGUGGUUUUGCCGCCAUUAGUAUUUGUUAAGGCGCUUUGCCGGUUUUGCGCCCAAAUCAUAAGCUUUGCCAUCCUGGAGAAUCCGAUUAUAUUAUUAGUGGUGCUGUUGAUGAUGUGGUGGUGGAGUUUUUUGGUCACCUCUGUGGUGUUCCAUACUCUGACGGAGCAGAUCUCGGGUCUGAUAUUUGCAUACUUAGUCGCGGGUGCGAUUUAUUGGAAUGAUCACUGGUUCAUUGACAGCGCCAUGCGGUGA